ACUGAACAAGAUAUUUGUAAGUAGCAUUUUAUCCAUUCUGAGAACGGGGAAAAAAAAUGGCAACUAUCUUUGGAUCUCCACCAUUUCUCUCUCACCCACUUACAAGAACUCACCAUUUUGCUUCUUCAUCUCCAACUCCGCCUCCAAAUCCAUCAUCACAACCACAAACUCCAAUUCCAUCUUCACAAUUACGCACAAGCUCAUCUGACCAACUGACACCACCACUUACUGUUAAUAAGCAACAGAAGCCUGCAAAGCCUGCCACUGUUGAAACUACAGACUGGAUAGCUUCAACCUUAACCAGGAGGUUUGGUCUCAGUGCAGGCCUUGCUUGGGCAACUUUUCUGGCUAUUGGAGUAAUCUCUGAACAGAUAAAAACCCGCCUUGAAGUCUCUCAAGAAGCUGCCAAUAUAAGAAAUGUUGAAAAGGAAGAGGAAGUGGUGUUGCCUAAUGGCAUCAGAUACUAUGAGUUAAGAGUUGGAGGUGGUGCAGCUCCAAGAACAGGAGACUUGGUGGUGAUUGAUUUGCAGGGGAAAGUUGAAGGAAGUGGGAAAGUAUUUGUGGACACAUUUAAUGGUGAAAAGAAGAAGCCAUUGGCUCUGGUGAUGGGUUCAAGGCCUUACAGUAAAGGUAUGUGUGAGGGAGUUGAACAUGUAAUGAGAACAAUGAAAGCAGGAGGGAAAAGGAGAGUUAUAAUUCCUCCCAGUUUAGGGUUUGGAGAUCAGGGUGCAGAUUUGGGUUCUGAUUUGCAAAUUCCUCCAUUUGCAACUCUUGACUACUUAGUUGAAGUUGAUAAAGUCUCCGUUGCCCCAGCUUGAGUUUGUUUAGUCACUUUUUCGCUCAUACUUUAUCUGUUUUUAUUUUGAGAGUCAUGAAUUUGUUGUACAAAGGGGACACAAAGUUGAUCAUAUAGUCAAGGCAACCCCAUGUGUUUGAUUGACGAAAAAAUUUUGAAUUGAUAAUGCCUCGGAUCUUCUCAGAA